CUGCAGGACUGGGCCAAACAGCGGUUGGCUCUCAGCGCCCUGCCCUGCCCUCCCUGGAGGCACCCACCUCACCUCUGCAGACAACCUGUUUGGCCAGGUCCCGGCAGGUCUCGGAGAUGGGUGGGGAGCCCUGAGCCUCCACGCCCUCUCUCCUGCUUCUCCUCUCCCCUUCUCCCCCUCCACACUGCCGAGCUGGGUUGCCCAGGUGCCCAAGGCCGGGAAAUAAGGCGUCCUUGGGGGGGUGACCCCCAAGGCAGCCCCUUCACGUCCGCUGCCAGAAGCCCCCCUCUGGAGCCGCAGGGCUGGAGGUGCCCUCCCCAGAGGACCCUGGGGCCAUGCCACCUGGUGCCCUCUGAGCCUUGGCACCAUGGCCCAUUCCCUGACCUGGCGCUGCUGCCCCUGGUGCUUGACGGAGGAUGAGAAGGCCGCCGCCCGCAUCGACCAGGAGAUCAACAGGAUCCUCAUGGAGCAGAAGAAGCGAGACCGCGGGGAGCUAAAGCUGCUGCUGCUGGGCCCUGGCGAGAGUGGGAAGAGCACGUUCAUCAAGCAAAUGCGGAUCAUCCACGGGGCCGGCUACUCGGAGGAGGACCGCAAGGGCUUUCGGCCCCUGGUCUACCAGAACAUCUUCGUCUCCAUGCAGACCAUGAUCGAGGCCAUGGACCGGCUGCAGAUCCCUUUCAGUAGGCCUGAGAACAAGCACCACGCCAGUCUGGUCAUGAGCCAGGACCCCUAUAAAGUGGCCACUUUCGAGAAGCGCUUCGCGGUCGCCAUGCAGUGGCUGUGGCGGGACGCGGGCAUCCGGGCCUGCUACGAGCGCCGGCGCGAGUUCCACCUGCUCGACUCUGCCGUGUACUACCUGUCCCACCUGGAACGGAUCACUGAGGAGGACUACAUCCCCACGGCCCAGGACGUGCUCCGCAGCCGCAUGCCCACCACUGGCAUCAACGAGUACUGCUUCUCUGUGCAGAAAACCAACCUGCGGAUUGUGGAUGUUGGGGGCCAGAAGUCAGAACGCAAGAAGUGGAUUCACUGCUUCGAGAAUGUGAUCGCCCUCAUCUACCUGGCCUCCCUGAGCGAAUAUGACCAGUGCCUGGAAGAGAACAAUCAGGAGAACCGAAUGAAGGAAAGCCUGGCCCUGUUUGGAACCAUCCUGGAGCUGCCCUGGUUCAAAAGCACGUCCGUCAUCCUCUUCCUGAACAAAACUGAUAUCCUGGAGGAGAAGAUUCCCACCUCGCACUUGGCUACCUACUUCCCCAGUUUCCAGGGCCCGAAGCAGGACUCGGAGGCGGCCAAGAGCUUCAUCCUGGACAUGUACGCCGGCAUGUACGCGCGCUGCGCCGACGGCCCCGACGGGGGCAGGAAGGGCGCCCGCUCCCGGCGCCUCUUCAGCCACUACACGUGCGCCACGGACACGCAGAACAUCCGCAAGGUCUUCAAGGACGUUCGGGACUCGGUCCUGGCGCGCUACCUGGACGAGAUCAACCUGCUGUGACCCAGGCCCCGCCGCCUCUGGGCGCACCGGACCUGCGGGCUGAGUCAUUGCAUAUAUGAUCAAGUUAAGAUGAACUGAUUGGGAGGCGCCUAGUCCAUGGUGAUUGGUGUAUGUAAGAAGAGGAAAAUCUGGACACAGACACACAAAAGAAAACAGCCAUGUGACGCCGGAGGCAGAGGUUGGAGGGGUGUGGCCACAAGCCAAGAGAGGCAUGGGGCCACCGGGAGCUGGAAGAUGCAGGAAAGACCCUCACCUGGAGCCUCCAGUCAGGGCAGGACCUGCUGACACCUGGAUCUCAGACUUAUGGCCUCCAGAAUUAGGAGACAAUAAAAAUAUGCUGUUUUAAACCUC